ACCGUGAACACAGUGUCACACUGUGUCUCCUUGCUGGAAAGCUCCCCUUAACUCUGCGUGUCCAUGCUGCCAACUGUUGAGAAUUGAAGAGUCAAGAUAUACGCAACAGCUGAUCGACCUAACCUGUCAGUGACACAAGAAACAGCAUAAGGAUGCGUUUACGGUAGAAACGUGGAGUAAAGUUUUAUUUAGAUUCACUUGAAGCUUUGCAAAGAAUCAAGGUGAAUUCGCUGAAAAGGAGGUGACAGCCAUGGGUAACCAGCUGGUGGGGAUUGCUCCCAGUCAAAUAUUUCCUGUCGAGCAUUAUUUGACAGAUCACAACGAUCUCCAAUUUGACAUAAAUCUAGGAAGUACCAGAUUUUUCAAAGUCGCUCGAGCCCGCAGCCAGGAAGGUCUCAUAGUGGUCAAAGUAUUUGCCAUCCAUGAUCCGACGCUGCCAUUAUCCACGUAUAAAGACAAACUGGAGGAUAUCAGGUCGAAACUCGCAUCAGCUGUAAACUGCCUACCCUUUCAGCGAACUAUUCUAACGGAAAAAGCUGGAUUUAUAAUGAGAGAGUUUGUUAAGUGCUCUCUCUAUGACAGAAUUAGCACAAGACCUUUUUUGUCCAGUAUAGAAAAAAAAUGGAUCACUUUUCAAGUGCUUUAUGCUUUACAUCAGGCUCAUAAGUUUGGCGUAUGUCACGGUGAUAUCAAACUUGAAAAUAUAAUGAUAACUAGCUGGAAUUGGGUAUUGUUAACUGACUUUGCAAGUUUCAAACCAACCUACUUACCUGAGGACAACCCAGCCGACUUUUCAUACUUCUUUGAUACUUCGAGGCGGAGGACAUGUUACAUAGCGCCGGAACGCUUUGUCAAGACAUUGUCAUCAGAAUUGAGCAAUACAAUGUUGUUACCAGAACAGGAAGUCAAAACAGGAGACCUACAUCCUAUGAUGGAUAUAUUUUCUGCUGGAUGUGCCCUAACCGAAUUGUUCAACGAAGGACACCCCCCCUUUGACUUUUCCCAACUUUUAGCAUAUAGAAACGGAGAAUACUCAGCAAGUAAACACCUGGAUAAAAUUGAAGAUAGUGAAAUGAGAGCGCUGUUGGCAUCAAUGUUAGAAAGAAAUCCUGCAAACAGAAAGAGUGCUGAAAUAUACUUGGCUCAAGAACGUGGCAAGAUUUUUCCAGAAUAUUUUUAUUCGUUUCUUCAGUCAUACAUGCUGAUAUUUUCAGCUGCACCGAUACUUUCACCAGAUGAAAAGAUAAACAGACUCAGAAAAGAUAUAGCUAAUAUAAUAAAUAUAUUAAAGACUGAAAGCAAGGAGAAAUCAAACCCGAGCGAGUCUUCUGCGUCUGGUUGCCUCAAACUAGAUGAUAAAAAUUCGGCAUCAGUGAACGAAUUGGUUAAUAGAGAGAACAUAGCAAAAUUUGUUCAAUCUAUUGAAGAAAAAGAAAAAAUCGAUGAAGAGAAAGCUAUGAAGGAUGUAAAAACCAGUGAACAUCUGGAAGGACUUAUUAUAAUAACUCAACUAGUCACUUCUUGCAUCCGAGGCUUACACCAUUCACAAUCGAAACUACAAAGCUUGGACAUUUUAUUGCAACUCGCAGAAAACACUACUGACGAAACGAUUUUGGACAGAAUUCUACCUUAUAUAUUCCAUUUGGUUCACGACCCAGCGCCACGUGUAAGAGUUUCUGCACUACACACAUUAACGAAAUGUUUAUAUCUGGUCAAGUCUAUCCCCCCCACAGACGUAAACAUAUUUCCAGAAUACAUACUGCCGGGAUUGUCUCAUGUAACGCUAGAUGACGCUGUGAUAGUUAGGGCAGCAUAUGCAGAAAACAUUGCACACUUGGCUCACAUAGCUCUGCGGUAUUUGAAAAAUUCUCAUUUGACGAAUUCGAGUAAUAAAGAAGGACUAAAGCCGAGCUACGAGAGUGAACUUCAAACACUGCAUGAGAUGGUUCAACAAUCAGUUGCAAUGCUGGUGACAGACUCUCAGAAUCUGGUAAAACAGACCUUGAUGGAGAAUAGCUUAACAAAGCUGUGUGUAUUUUUCGGAAAACAAAAAGCGAACGAUGUGAUACUGAGCCACAUAAUAACAUUUUUAAAUGAUAAGGACGACAAACAGCUCAGAGGGUCGUUUUUUGACUGUAUUGUCGGGGUCGCAGCCUACGUUGGCUGGCACAGCAGUUCCAUUUUGAUGCCUCUGCUUCAGCAGGGUCUCACCGACCCUGAAGAGUUUGUCACUACUAAAGCUAUUAACGCUAUGGCAACACUCACCGAGCUUGGCCUUCUGCAUAAAUCGGCUCUGUAUCAAUUGCUUUCAGAAAGUGUAGUUUUCUUGGUUCAUCCCAAUUUAUGGAUUCGACAUGCAAUUGUGGGUUUCAUUUCGGCCUCAGCAAGGACUUUAAAUCUAGUCGAUGUCCAGUGUAAAGUUCAAACAAUGAUUCAACCAUAUUUAAGACAUCCAUUAAUACAAAUUGAAAAGGAGGUUUUGCUGUUGGAGGCUCUAGUUGCUCCAAUUCCGCGAAUUGUUUAUGACUCUGUCAUUAAAUACAAUGAUAUAGAUGAAUUAUUCCGAGUUUUCGAGCAGAGGCAGAAGGCUCGGGUAAAAGCAAUCUCUGGUAUUAUUCCACAGUACAGUGAUAUGAGUACUACAUUGAAAAAUUUGUUCAGAAGAUUAAGUUCAGAGGCAAUGACAGAAAUGGAGGAGGAUCAAUUAUUGAUGAUGAAACCGCAUUUAUUGAAAAUCAAUAAACAUCGACAGUCAAUAGAAGCAAAACAAGGAAUGAACAAGUCUUCAGUCGGGAAACUGGAGUUGAAUCUUAUAAAGGACAAAGUGCGUCAUCACAUGGUUGUCCUAUAUCCUGACACAAAAAGUGAUCUCGGCAUGAAUGCGUUCAAAAAAAUUGAUCGCAGAACUCCCGAUAGUAUUGUUACACACGCUACUAUGAAUCAGGAAUGGCGUACGAUGUUUGCUGCACAAGACAGUGUACAGCAUACAAUUGUAAAGAUGUCGGAUAUGACUGGAGGUGGAAGUAGUCCCAGCAACAGUGUCCAUGGUGGGGAUAUACAUUUGUCGCCACAGCACAGCCUGACAGAUGUUAACAGUAUGAACGAUCACUCCCUGCAUGAAAGAUCUUAUAUUCAAUUCGCAACCCUCUAUGGUUUUGCAGACCGAUGUGCUCCAUGCAGACUGGAACUGCGGCAGUUAACAUUUAGGAAACAGGAACAGCACUCUGCUGCACUAAGAGCACAACACUGGGCUGAUAACAUUGCGUGGCAAACUGGUUCUCGGCUGUUGGCGAGUGGCUGGAAGCCGCGUGGUAUCCCUGUAGCUUACUUGCACGAACAUCGGGCAGCUGUCAACAAAUUGGUUUCCAUCCCUGAUACAAGCCUCUUUGCUAGCAGCGCUGCUGAUGGGUGCGUCAGAGUUUGGGAUGUCAGCAAAAUGGAAGGCAGGAAUAUUGCCAAUCGUUCAAGACAAGCAUAUGUCCAUAGAGGCGGUCCGUUAUUCGGCCUAGCAGUGUGUGAUCAAGGACAGUCAAUAGCAAGUUCAGCGAGCCAAUCUGGAUCUGUCUUUGUUUUGAGAAUUGAACAAGCAUCGAAUAAAAUGAAUGUUCUCUAUACGAGGCAGCUUGAUUUACAGGAAGAGGGUUGCGCCGUCGAUCUACAGUACUUAGAUUCUGGUUCUCAGUCAGUCCUGGUCUAUGCUACGUUGUACGGAUCUCUGAUAGGGUGGGAUCUGAGGUGCCCCGGAACAGCAUGGCGUCUAGAAAAUGACCUGAAACAUGGGGUCAUCACCUCUUUCUGUGUUAACAACUAUCAACAAUGGUUGACAUUAGGAACAAGCUCUGGAGUUCAUAUAUGCUGGGAUCUAAGAUUUCAACUGCCAAUCAGUAGCAUAAAACAUCCCACAGGUGCAAGAGUUAGGAAAGUGAUCACUCAUCCGACGGAACAUUCUUGGAUUCUCUCAGCUGUGCAAGGAAACAAUGAAAUAUCAAUGUGGAACUUGGAAACAGGAUUUCGACAGACGGUCCUGUGGGCAUCAAGUGCACCACCUUUGAGUCACACACAGACUGGUCACAGCAUUUGUGCUAUGCACUCAGGUGCUAUUGAUCGAAACGGGUUUCUUCUUGCUGGUGGAACUGACAUGAGGCUUCGAUUUUGGGACUUACAGAAUCCUAAUGAAUCAUAUGUUGCCUUACCUGCCGCUAACGACACAGUGCCUCCGAAUUCCUUGGCUUAUGAGCAACGACUUAUUGACGGAACCAAUGUAGUACAAGAGGUAUUGGUUGGCGGCGUUACGACUGGAAGCGUCACCGGAAGUACUGUCCGAGGUAGAGGACACGAAGAAGGUGGUCAGGGCCAAGGGCCAGAUUCUCCUCCAGCCGGUCACCACGAUGCAAUAUCUGCUGUCGCUAUGUCAAAUACUUGUAUAUUAACUGGUAGUACAGAUGGUUUAAUACAGGUCUGGAAAUAAGCAGUUAUUGAUCUAGGAAUUUUCAAAUUUAAGUAAGAAAGUAGAAAAGUUUGAAAUACGUUCAGUUUUGAAGCAUUUGGAUCGAGUACGACAAAUUCUUUUUAUUGUUUCGUAGCCACCUUCGAUAUGUCGUAUUUAACUCUUUUAUCAUUUUUGUUUCACUGCGCUGGUCGUCAAUGUGCAAGUGUAUGGAUAUUAGUUUGUCAAUAUGAUUGCUAUGCUGGUCCCACGUUUAUCGGGAUACAUUAUUCGAACUCAUAGAAAAGUGUUGUCAAACUGUCAAACUUAGUUCCGGACAAAAAAAGACUAUCGAAUUCGAGCAAUAUGGAAAAAAUUAAAUAUAAUGCUUAUGAUUAGGAAAUCUUAAAUUUAUACAUGACUAUAUUUUUGUACAAAUUCUUACGUUAUUGUAACGUAUUGCAAAGUACGCUGUAAACAAUUGUACAUAGCGAAUUCAAAAUUAAUUUACCACUAUAUAGUCAAAUUUUAGUACUCCAGUAUUUUUAAUGACCACAUAUGUCAUUUGUAUGGAAAUCGAGGCUAUAAAAAUAAGAAAGAUAAUUUUUUUUUUUAUUCCACAAAAUUACGAAACAUAAAUGUGGCUGAUGUUAUAGUAGUUACGCAGUAAAUGAAUUAAAAAAAGUAACCAUCAGAUAAUACAAUAACAAUGUACUGUAAAUAAACUAAGCUUAUUAUAUUAUAAUUGGUCGUAGUUAUAUAUACCAUAUAUAUCAUUUUGUUUAUUUCUAUAGUUUUUCUAUGUUUAUCAGAUAAGAGCGUUCGUAAUUCGUAAAAAUUAUUCUACAUAUCAGCAUUUCAGUUGAUUGUGGAUACAAAAGUCAUGAAAGUAUAGCCAAUAAUGCACAAUUAUAUUUAUUUAUGGCAAUUUCGUCUGUAUAUUAAUCAUUAGGUACACAUAACACAGAUCAUAGUUAUUAGCCAUACAUUCAUAUUAACGUACAAUGAUGAUUAUCGUGGUCACAGCUUUAUGAGAUUUCCUGAAAAGUGAGCAAGGGAUAAAAAAAGGGGAGAAACGAGCAUACUCACUAAUGUAUUCCUAUUCGUAUAUUCAUAUUGUCAAAUUGUUAUAAUAUACGUAAUACAUUCAUACGUAUAUGCAUGUAUGAUAUACAUAAAUGUGUAUAAAUAAAACCAUUCUUUUUUACUGAAAACGUACAGUAGUCGCUAAAAUUGAGUUUUGCUCUACAAAUUCGCAAUGAUUGAGAUGUUUCUUUAUAAACGAUAUCACCAAGGACAAAGAGGCCCGGCAGAAUGCGGUGUCAGUUGUCCCGGGAAAGCCCAGUUAUCGGGAGUAAUUGUCCUGCAUAUUUCCUUCCAACGUUCCCCGCCGCUUUUUCCUUGUCUAUGCGGUCUUGGUCGAUGACCGCCGUAAUUGUAGCCCGGGUUUCUUACGAACAAAUCGAACCA